AUGGCUUCCGAAGUUGUUGACGUCGGGUCUUCUGUUGCUAAGCUAGAAAAUGAUGUUGAAACAAAGUUAUCAAUUGAUGAAGUGGCAUUUGUUGAAAAUCCAGCUGCCCCAACAGCUAAUAAAAAAAAGCGAAAGAGGAAACCAAAGAAGAAUGGCGUUAUAACUGGUGAGCUGGAAAAUGAAGAUGAUAAAAGGGAAGGUGAAGGUGAUGCCGCCGUUGAGAGAGGUGACCCAAAUCAGACUAAAAGCACCACGAGUGGGAAGAAGAAAAACAAGAAAAAAGGUCCUACGCAAACUUCUCCCCCAACAAUCCCUAUAUAUCAGUUAUAUCCCAAUAAAGAUUUUCCAAUUGGCCAAAUCUUGGAUUAUGCUCCAUCUGUUGAUGGACGAAUAGCGUCAAAUCGAUUGACUUCUGAGGAGCUGAGACUCAGUGACGAAUCUCGGUUAGAAGUGUAUCAGGAUAUUCGUCAAGCAGCUGAAGUCCACAGAACCGUUAGAAAUCAUAUGCGACCUCUUCUCCAACCCGGGACUAAGCUCAUAGAUUUCUGUGAGCAAUUGGAGAAUACCAGCCGAAAACUUAUCAAUGAGAAUGGUCUUCAGGCUGGUUUGGCUUUCCCUACUGGAGUAUCCCUUAACAACUGUGCUGCACAUUAUACUCCAAACAACGGAGAUGAUAAAGCUAUUCAAUAUGACGAUGUUUGUAAAGUGGACUUUGGUGUUCAUGUAAAUGGCAACCUUGUUGACUGUGCUUUCACUGUCCAUUUCAAUCCAAAAUACGAUCGAUUGGUUGAGGCUGUAAAAGACGCGACAAAUACAGGUAUCAAGGAAUGUGGGAUUGAUGUUCGGUUGUGUGACGUUGGUAAAGCCAUUGAGGAAGUUAUGACAUCUUAUGAAGUUGAAUUGGAUGGCCAGACUUAUCAGGUGCAACCUAUUCGAAACUUGAAUGGUCACUCCGUCGGUCCUUAUCAAAUUCACGCGGGAAAAUCUGUCCCCAUUGUUGCUAAUGGCGAUACCACUCGAAUGGAGGUACGUUUUAUGAUUAAAUCCACUGUAUUGGCGCUUUCUUUUACCAAUGGCCGCAAUAUCUUGUGGAAUAUGGCUUAG